CAGUUUUGAUGGAAAUGAAGGAAGGACCUAUGCCAAUGUGUGGAGAAGAGCUUUCCAGUCAGAGAAAACAGUUGAAUUCAUUCAAAAGGACUAAUAUCAUACUGCAACAUUUGAGAAUGUCCAACCACACAGAUGCAGCAGGAGAAGUACUAUUAGAAAGAAAAGGUUGUGCUGGAGUGAUAACACUAAACAGACCAAAGGCCCUAAAUGCAUUGACCCUUAAUAUGAUUCGGCAUAUUUAUCCACAACUAAAGAAGUGGGAACAAGAUCCUGAAACGUUACUGAUCAUUAUAAAGGGAACUGGUGGAAAGGCUUUCUGUGCUGGGGGUGAUAUCGUAGCCAUCACAGAAAAUUCAAAGACAAACUGGAAGAUAACUCAGGAUUUCUUCAGAGAAGAAUAUAUGCUAAACAAUGCCAUUGCUUCUUGCCAGAAACCGUAUAUUGCAUUUAUUCAUGGAAUUACAAUGGGUGGGGGAGUUGGAGUCUCAGUUCAUGGGCUAUUCCGAGUGGCUACCGAAAAGUCUCUUUUUGCAAUGCCAGAAACUGCAAUAGGAUUAUUCCCUGAUGUGGGUGGAGGUUAUUUCUUGCCAAGACUUCAAGGAAAACUUGGUUACUUCCUUGCAUUAACAGGAUUCAGGCUGAAGGGAAGAGAUGUGUACAGAGCAGGAAUUUCUACACACUUUGUAGAUUCUGAAAAGUUGGGCAUGUUGGAAGAAGAUUUAUUAGCCCUGAAAUCUCCUUCAAAAGAAAAUAUUGCAGAUGUUUUAGAAACUUACCAUAAAAAGUCCAAGAUUGAUCAAGGCAAGCCUUUCAUACUUGAGGAACACAUGGACAAAAUAAACAGUUGGUUCUCUGCCAAUAAUGUGGAACAGAUUAUUGAAAAUUUACAGCAAGAUGGUUCAUCUUUUGCUCUAGAACAGUUGAAGGUAAUUAAUAAAAUGUCUCCAACAUCUCUAAAGAUCACAUUAAGGCAACUCAUAGAGGGGUCUUCAAAGACCUUGCAAGAAGUAUUAAUUAUGGAAUAUCGGCUGAGUCAAGCUUGUAUGGGAGGCCAUGACUUUUUUGAAGGUGUCAGGGCAGUUUUAAUAGAUAAAGACCAGAGUCCAAAGUGGAAACCAGCCAAUCUAAAAGAAGUUACUGAUGAAGAUGUGAAUAAUUAUUUUAAAUCUCUGGGAAGCAAUGAUUUGAAAUUUUGAAGUGACUGGAUUUUGAAGGUAUUUUGGAACAGGGGUUGGCAAACUACGGCACAGCACCCAAGUCUGGCCUGCUACCUGUUUUUUAUAUAUCCUGCAAGCUGGGAAUGGCUUCUGCAUUUUUAAAUGGUUUGGGUAAGAAAUCAAAGACUAAUCUUUCAUAACUUGUGAAAACUGCAUGAAAUUCAAAUAUCACUGUCCAUAAAUAAAGCUUUAUUGGAACAUAGCUGUACUCAUCUGUUUACAUAUUAUCUAUGGCUGCUUUGGGUGAUUGCAGCAGACAUUGUAAGACCUGCAAAGCCUAAAUUAUUUACUAUUUGGUCUUUUCAGAAAAAUUUUCAACCUCUGUUUUAGAAGAUGGGAAAUUUGAAGAUCUUUAGAGAUUCUUGAGUUACUAUAGCUAAUUGAAAUAGGAACUUAAUGUUUUGGCUUUGGGUAGUUGUUUAUAUGUUUAUUAAAUCAAAUUAUGUAUAGCUUAUAAAAAAAUUAAAACCCUGAAA